AAAACAUAUCCCCAUCCUCUUUCCGGGAAAAACCUUCUCCUCCUUUUUCUAUUUUUCAGAUUCGUAAUCGUGUGUGUAUAUAUAUAUUGCUUUCUUAAAACAACCCAAUGCGACUCAAAAUACGAGAGUUAUCUUUCACGAAAUCAUAGUGUGAAUAUCCAGCAAGAUAGAAAAUCCAUCCAAGGAUCUAAUGGCAGGGAUUGGUAAAACAGCUCCUGAAUUCGAGGAUUUAUUGCCGGUGAUGGCGGAGAAGCUGGGCGGAGAAGGGCUGAUGAGGGAGCUGAGUAAUGGGUUCAAGAUGUUAAUGGACAAGGACAAAGGGGUGAUCACGGUGGAGAGCUUGAAGAGGAAUGCCGCAAUGCUGGGGUUGCAAGAUUUGAGACACGACGAGCUUGUGAGCAUGGUGAAAGAGGGUGAUACCGACGGUGAUGGAGCUCUGAAUGAGAUGGAAUUUUGCGUAUUGAUGUUCAGAUUAAGCCCUGGUUUGAUGGAAGAGUCCCAGUUAUUGCUGGAGGAAAUUCUUCAAGACGACCUCAAUUCUUCCGCUUUCUAUUAGCAUUUUUUGUUUUGUUUUGAUUCUUCUCCUAGACGACUCAUGGAAUUGUUUACUAUUCCCAUUUAUUGUCAAAUAAUACAUUGCCUUGCCGUA